UAGUAAAUAGCAUUUAUAUUGUAGAAAUGGAUUAAAAUUAUAUUUAAAAAAAAAUGAAUAACGAGAAUAAUUUAAAUGCUUCGGAUAUUGUUAGUUCUACAUCAGUGGAAAAUAUUACGAAUACAAAUGAAGGCGAAACAAAUGAAAGUGUAAUUUCAACCAACAGCAUCCAAAAUGAAAACAUUACUGACGAAGGAAAUAAAUCACAAUCUACAGAAGAAAAUGUUUCAACGCCUAAUACCAAUGAAGACCAAGUAGAUAAUUCAAAUGGAGGAGGUUGUUCAACAUCUACCUCGGAAAUUGAAAAACCUAUUGAAACGUAUAAAAAAGUCAAAUUAAAACGGUCACAUAUUCUGAAAAAACUAUCAACUCCAAUGACAGCAAAUGUUCAACCACAUUCAUCAACAGAUUCCGAACAAAGUACGAAAUCUAAUGAAAUUACAACGGAAAAUAUGCCAUCAAAUCCAUUAAAUAUUGACAUUCCUGAGGAUAAUAUUUCAACAUCUUUUGAUUUUGAUAUAAACGACGCUUCAUCAAAUUCAGAUAGUACAUGUAGUCCAACUCCACGAAAAAAAGUAAAAUUAAUUCGAAACAAUCCGCGAUUUAAAUCAAACAUCGUAAAAACUAGCCCAGUUCAAGUUGUGAGCACUGUGAAAGAUGAAUGUGAAGUAACAACUUCGUCAUCACCAAAAAUAAAUGCUGAAUUCACUAUUAGUCUAUCUGAAGAAAAUGUCACGCUAAAUGAUCCAAAAAGUAAUAUUGAUGUAAAAUCUGCAUAUAAAAUGCAUCCUGAUAAUGAUAUCGCGGAUGUGGUUGCACAAAUCGAUCAAAUUAUUGGCCCCGAUGAUGGAACUGUUCCUUCCACAAGUUUUCUGGAUACAGAUGAUUUAAGUUUAUCUGAUGGUUUGAAAAAUGAUGAUUUAUCGAUAAUAGAAGAGCUCGAAAAAGAGAUUAAUGCAAUUCCUCCAACGAAUGAAUCAUCGAAUGAUGUAAUGGAAAAAAUUGUUGAUGAUUUAGAUGAAAUUUGUACCACAACCGAUCAACCCCAAAAAAUAAUUGAAUCUACUAUUGAAAAUAAAGCUAAAAAUAUAGAAACCACUACUCAAUCAGAAAACUUUACAAUUGAAGAAACUUUGGAAUGCCAAAAAGAGGCAAAUGAUUUGAGUAUUGAAGUAGAAAAGCAUCAAAUUAAUGACGAAGAUUACAAUAUCGAUUUAGACGACAGAGUUGAAAGUGUUGAUGAUUUAGAAAAAAAAUUAUUGGAUGUUUCAGCACAAGUUGAUUCUUUAGACUGCAGUGAAAGUAUGCAAGUUGAUGAAAUAUUAGAAUCCGUAACCAAACAGCCUCGAGUAGAAGAUUUUGCCACGAAUUCAGAUAAUAUUCAUAGUAUUAUUUUAUCAGAUAACAAUUUACAAAAUUCUGAAAAUUCAGAUGAUAUUGGAAAUAGUUCUGGAAAUAUAGAAAAUGAAAACAUUUUAUCGGAGAAUGUUGAAACUAAUCCAAAAAAUGUAGAUCAAGUAGAAAACAAUAAAAACAAUUCGGAAAUUCCUGAAGAGUUUAUUGCAGAAAUAAACCUUGAAGCUCCAAAAAUUUCCAGUAAUGAAAAUCAAAAUAGUUCAGUAGAAGCAAUAUCAUCUAGCAGUGAUCGAAAGAUUGAUUUACCUACUACAUCUUCGAUAGAAACUUCAGAAUUACCAAAAAUAACACUUACAAUUAAAAAAUCAGAAAUCCAAAAGACGGUAGAAAGUGAAAUACCAGAUAGCGUGAUAGCAGAAAGUAUAAAGAUUGUAGAUUCAACAAAUGUUGAAAUGAAAUCUGAAUUUCAAUCCGAAGAAGUAAUAAGUUCAACGGAUGUAAAGCGAGUUCCAAAAUUAACGAUUAAACCUAUUAAAAAACCAUCAAGCGAAACAGAAACAAAAUUAACAAUUAAGACCGUUAAAUCAGAAAGUUUAGAAUCUCAAAUUACUAAACCUACGGAAUCUAUAGAAAAUGAAACCAUUUCUACAUCAACAAUUUCGUCUACUUUGGAAGCUAUACCGAAAUUGACUAUUCGAAACUUAAAGAAGUCUCAAGAUGAAGAUUUAGAAGUUAUACAAAGUACAUCUACAGAAAAUGUUGAAAAAGAAGUUGUGCCAAAAUUAACCAUAAAACCAUUAAAAAAGCCGCCACAACAAAGUAAUCAAACACAAAUGCAUGUUGUAACUUCAGAAAUAAAGGAAAUUAUACCUGAAGUAAUUCCUAAAUUAACUAUAAAAACUAAAAUGAUUCCAAAUGAAGAGAAUCAACAGACAUCUGAAUCAAUAUCGACGGUUGAAUCUAUUCCUAAGUUAACAAUAAAAACUGGAAAAAAAAUUGAGACUAUUGAAAAGGAUAUAAAACAAUGUCCAAAUAUUGAUUCAAGCAAUUUAGAAAGUAGCAUUCAGGGCGAAGAAAGUCUUCCAAAGAUUACUAUAAAAAACACAGCUGAUAAAUAUUUUGAAAUAAUUCCUAAUGCAUCAAUAUCAUUGUCGGAAGAGUCAAGUGCAGAUGAAUCCGUAGAUUACACUCAUAAUAUUUCAGCAGCAAAUAAAUCCAGUUUGGCUGCUGCAAAUAUGGAAUUAAUACCUAGAUCAAUGAAAAAUAAAAAUCGAACACAAGCAAUUGAUAGCGAUGAUGAAGAAAUAGAGGUAAUUCCAAGUGUAUCGGACAAAAAUAGUUCGGAAUUCAUACCAAAAUUAUCUAUUAAAGCAUUGAAAAAAUCUUUGCAAUCAGAUAAAGAAAUAGGAAAUCAUCCAGAAGAACCUAAUUUUAAAUCAAUACCAACUAGCACAAGCUCCAAAUUAAUCAUAAAACCUAUAUUAAACGCACCACCAAAUUUAUCAAAAAUCAAGAAAACAGAUAACUCUCUAGCAUCACAAUCACUUCUGAAAACUGUAGAUUUGUCUGAAAGUAAAGAUUAUGGAAUGCUAUUAAAAAAUAAUCAAAAACGCAAUGAAUCUACAACGGAGACAGCAAUUUUAAAUACUAAAUCACCAUCAAGGAAAAUGGUAAAUAUUCCUGGUAAUAAAAGCUAUGAAGAUGAAGAGAUAAAUUCUAAAAACGAUCGAAUUGUCUUAAAAAUUAAUAAAGAUAAUGAAUCAAUGAAGUCACAAUUAAAGUCAGAAAAUACACUUAAAGUUGACACAACUAGUAGCCCGCUUGAAAAAAUCACAUUAAAGUUAUCUAAAGAAGGUGGCCAUCCUGAAAUAUUAAGCCCAUCGUCAUUUUCUAAAACAAUGCCAACACAAAACCCAUCAUUAAAGCGAAUGCUGUCCCCUGAAACCACAAUUGAGCCUAUUCAAGUGGAAAAGAAAAAGAUGAAACCCAAUGAAACAUCAAUAGAAUUUUCUUCUGGUGAUGUUUCCAUCAAUAUUAUCAAAUCAAAUACAUCAGCAACUAAAAAAUUACAAAACAUAUCUGACGAUGUAACCAUUGUUAGAGUUCCUUCACAAACUCCUCAACCAACUAAAAUUGAAUUAGGGAAUAAUUCAUCGAAACUAAAAGAUAUUUUAAUGAAACUUAAUGCCAAUAGGAUAGACGUGUCACCAGAAGAUGAUGGAGAUUCUAGUAGUAGUGAUGACGUUAAAAUCGUUGAUGUUAUACCACCAGCAAAAAUGAAUGUAGAUCCAUUAUCCAUAUCAAAUGACGAGUCUAGUUCGCAAGACGUGAUGAUCGUAGAAGAAAUAUUACCCGAUCCAAUUGAAGAACUCAAACCAGAUCUACCACCGGUACCAAAAAAACGUGGAAGACCAAGAAAAAUUCCAUUAGAAGUGCGACCAGAACUCAAAGAGGAAGAACCUGAAGAACCAGUCAUUACCGUUAAUGAAUUGCCCAUUGAAGAUAGCCCAGCCCCAAGUCCAGCUCAACCAUCCGAUGAAGAUGAUAAUUUUGAAUUGUCUCCCAAAGGCGCAUAUAAUAUAAGAGGAAUUCGUCGUGGCGGUGCUUAUCGAUCACGUCGUGGGCGUGGUGGUCGAGGUAGUCGUGGAGGACGAGGUGCUUAUAAACGACGAGCUGAAGAAAAGAGGCGAGCAUUAAUGGAUUUACAAUCUGUAAUUACUUCUGACGUAACCGUUGCAUUAGAUAAAAUAGAUGUUGACAAAAAGAGUUUGUUAAAGAUGAAAGCAGAUGGUUCCGCUGAAGCAUUCUUUAUGGAAGAAGAUACAAGAAUGAGUGCUGACGGCGAACUAGGUGAGACUGGAACACAUAUUAAACCAGAAAUUACAGAUGAGUCACGUAGUUCAAGCACUACAACUGAAAAUAAUAGAAAUAAACGUGGACGACUUGAAAUUACUGAAAUUGAAGUUUUUAAGCAUGUUACUGGACCAGAGCAAAUAGCUGAAUAUCAUUGGCGAAACGGGGGACCGUAUAUGUUACAAGAACAAAUAGCACAAUAUUUGGGUGUAAAAUCAUUCAAACGAAAGUAUCCUGGUUUAACACGACAUGCUGUUGAAAUGCAAGAGAGAGAUUAUAUACGAGAAAAUGGAUUAGCAUCAGAAGCGUUAUGUGAUAUGGGUCUUACAGCUGUUCUUAGUUCCGAAAUUCUUGAUAUUAUGUUCACUGAUUUUCAGGAUAAGUAUGAAGAAUAUCGUAAAUAUCAACGAGAGAAACAAGCAAAAGAUGUAACAAACAAACAACGUGCUAUGGCUUCUAGUAUGGCAACAAAUGCUGAUAAAGGCGAUAAAGAAGAAAGUGUUCUACAAUUAGCAAUUCGUUCAGCUGCAUCAUGGAAUGCAUCAUUAAAUAAAAGCCGCAAAGAAGAACGAAAAUGUUACGUUGAUUUACAAUCAUUUACGGUGAUGUAUCCAAAGGGUCGAAAACCUGUUGCUCCAAAUACUAAUCCUGGUCAUUACCCUGUGGCUUUAGUACCAGGACAAUUUUCUGAAUUUUACAAGAACUAUUCACCUACGGAGUUGAAAUAUUUACCAGUAAACACUGUAUUAUACGGUCCAAUCGUUCAAAAUGCGAGUAUACAAGAAAUUGGUUAUUCUGAUGGAUCUUGCAGUGAAUCUGAGAGCAGCAGUGGAAGCGAUUCUGAAUCGUCAGAAGAUUCUGAUUCAACGACAAUGGAUGGAAUUACAACACCACUUACUAAUCCUCCAAUAUUACACACAGAAAGUGAUACGUGUAAAAUUUGUAUCACUAGCUCACCAAAAUCAAGACCUGGAAAAUCAUCACUUAUAUACUGUGCCCAAUGUAACCAAGGCAUACAUCCACGUUGCAUUGAUUUGACAGUAGAAAUGAUGCCAUUUAUUCAAGCUUAUCCAUGGCAAUGUACGGAUUGUAAAACAUGUUGGCAAUGUCGAAGACCAUCCGAUGAUGAUAAAAUGUUGUUUUGUGAUCGAUGUGAUCGUGGAUAUCACAUAUAUUGUGUUGGCUUAAGAAAAGUACCAAAUGGCAGAUGGCAUUGCCAACAAUGCACAAUGACUACAUCAACAAAUACUGCUAUUACGCAUUCAGUGUCCGUUGCUACCUAGCAUGAUGUUAAUGUCAGACAAUUCACGUAAAAAGAAUACCCAGUAUUUUGUAUAUAUUUAUUUUUAGAUUAUGUUUUUAAUUAUGUCUGUUUUUUAUAUUUUCUUUUAUAUAUAUUUGUAUACCUAUGGCUCUUAAAUAACUAUUGAAAAAUUGAGAGAUUCUACAAAAUUUCAAUCAAAUUCAAACAAAAUUAUGAGAAUAUAGACGCCACACAGGAAGCCCAUAGCUUUUCCACCGGGAUCUCUCCCAGGAUUGAUGAAUCCGAGGUUUCGGGCCCGAACAUUUUAAAUCUGACCCCUUAUAGAUUUCUGUAGGUACAAAUAACAUGUAUGGAGCUUUCGUCAUUUUUCAUACAACCCCUACAAGUAGGAUACAUUUCUUUGGAUUAGUUUUGCAAGUUGAUAUUUUAAAAAUAUGAUUUUUAAGGAAAUUUAUCAGAUUUGAUUAUAAGUGCUAUUUAUCGCGCCACAUUAAAAGAUUAAAAGGUUGCCAACUGAUAGAGCGCCCUAUACUACGGUAAAACUUAAAUAAUUUCAGAAAUAAAAUUUUAAUUUCGAAUAAUUUUAGAACAAAGAAUUAAUUUUAGAAACCUUCUUUUUUUUUUGUAUGAAGUGACAAAAAGAUAGGGUAUACAUCGGACUAAAUGCACAAUAUAAAUCAAUAUUUCUUAAAUAUUACUCUUCUUCUAGCGCUGCAAUAUUUCCAGUUGCGCAUAAUCACAGUUUAAUUCAUCCCAAUUAAUUUAUAAGAGCUUUAUUUCCUGAGUUACUUUGUAUAUAAUCUAUUUCAACAUUUAAAUAAUGGUUUUAAUCAGAAAUGGUGAAGA